GAACAUGGAGCAGUGCGCUUGUGUGGAGAGGGAACUCGACAAAGUGCUCCAGAAGUUCCUGACUUACGGACAGCACUGCGAGCAGAGCUUGGAGGAGCUGCUGCACUAUGUGAGCCAUCUGCGGGAAGACCUCACCAGCGCAGCCCUGCAGGGCACGCCCCUGUCGGCCACCCUCUCCCUGGUGAUGUCUCAGUGCUGCCGGAAGGUCAAGGACACGGUGCAGAAGCUGGCUUCGGACCACAAGGACAUUCACAGCAGCGUUUCCAGAGUAGGCAAAGCCAUCGACAGGAACUUUGACGCGGAAAUCUGCGGCGUGGUGGCCGACACCGUGUGGGAUUCCCGGGAGAAGCAGCAGCAGAUCCUCCAGCUGGCCAUCGUGGAGCACCUGUAUCAGCAGGGAAUGCUGACCGUGGCGGAGGAGUUGUGCCAGGAGUCGACCCUCAACGUCGACUUGGAUUUCAAGCAGCCUUUCCUGGAGUUGAACCGGAUCCUGGAAGCCUUGCAUGAGCAGGACCUGCGGCCGGCGCUGGACUGGGCCAUCUCGAACAGACAGCGCCUCUUGGAACUCAACAGUUCCCUGGAAUUCAAAUUACAUCGGCUGCACUUCAUCCGGCUCCUGGCUGGCGGGCCCCAGAAGCAGCUAGAAGCCCUGAAUUACGCCCGCCACUUCCAGCCCUUCGCCCGCCUCCACCAGCGCGAGAUCCAGGUGAUGAUGGGCAGCCUGGUGUACCUGCGCCUGGGCAUCGACAAGUCCCCGUACUGCCACCUCCUCGACGCCAGCCACUGGGCAGAGAUCUGCGAGACCUUCAGCCGCGACGCGUGCACCCUGCUUGGGCUGUCGGUGGAGUCCCCCCUCAGCGUCAGCUUUGCCUCGGGCUGCGUGGCGCUGCCCGUGCUGAUGAACAUCAAGGCGGUGAUUGAGCAGAGACAGUGCACCGGUGUCUGGAGCCACAAGGACGAGCUGCCGAUCGAGAUUGAGCUGGGCAUGAAGUGCUGGUACCACUCGGUGUUCGCCUGCCCCAUCCUCCGCCAGCAAACGUCCGACUCCAACCCGCCCAUCAAACUCAUCUGCGGCCACGUCAUCUCGCGCGACGCCCUCAACAAGCUCAUCAAUGGAGGAAAGUUGAAGUGCCCCUACUGCCCCAUGGAACAGAACCCAGCCGACGGCAAACGCAUCAUCUUCUGACCGGCGCUUCUGCCGGCAGCCCCCGCCCCUCCGAGAACUUCCUUCGCGGUCCAGUUUAGGGCGACCCGGCCCAGUCCUGCCACCCGCUCCACCAUCAAAGGGUCGCCCAGGGCUAGCGUGGCGAGUGGAGGGG